AUGCACUCGCGUCGACCCGAGACCUUGAAGAUUGACAUCUCCAAGUAUAGAGGAGUCGAAGAGGACUCCCUCUUGAGAUGGUUCAUCGAAUUAGACGACGCCAUAAGGGCGCGUCGCAUCGACGACGGGGAUAUGCAAGUUGCAUUUGCCCAAUCAAAUCCGACAGAACGUGCCAAGACUUGGGCUUUGGGACUCAAGUUGCACGACCCAUAUGCGUUUGGGUCGUUAGAAGUCUUCAAGUCGCUGCUCAGACAAACGUUUGGGCCGCCUAAAACUGAGUUCAGAGCUCGAACUGAACUCUUGAAGCUCAAACAAGGUAAGCGUGAUGUGCACGCUUACGCGCAACAUAUACGACAUCUCACGAGUUGUACAAGUUCCAACCCGGUGGAUGAACACACGUUGAUUUCGGUGUUCAUGCAGGGUCUUGCGGAUGGUCCCGUCAAAACUCACCUGUUUCGACUUGAACUAGAUUCACUAGAACAAGCCAUUUCCAUUGCGGAACAGGAAGACUUCAGUCUGAGACAGGCUCGCGCCAGCUCGACAUCAUAUCGUCAACCGAGACGAUAUGACAACGGAGGUCCAGAGCCAAUGGAACUCUGUUAUGUAGAGAGCGAGAAGGCUCGCUCUACAGGCUACAAGAAGUUGCAGAGAUGCAACAGAUGUCAAAAGACAGGACACUACGCUUACGAGUGUAGUGCCCCUCGUCCAGUGUCUCGCAACACUGGGCGUAGUGACCGUCCACCCAUGAGAAAGGGGCAGGGACGCGGGUCCGCUGUUGGUGCAAAGACGCAACAACGGGAUGGACCGUCAAAAAACGGACAGGAUCAGUAG